UGACUUGAUUUCUUCUAGGGUGAUGUUCAGGCUUCUAAUUCACUCCUCUCUCCCACCUGUAAAACCUGGAUGCUCUGUUUGAUAACCUUCGGUGACAGUAAAGAUGAUAAUAUCUUGUGGUCACAGGGGAAAACGCAUGCCAUUUCAUCUGCAGUAUAAAUAUUCUUGUAAUUCUGAGCAGUCAUACCUUAAAAAAACAACAAAACUGCACACUGAAUAGGCUCUCUUCAAAUUUUGAGGUGGUCUGCCUCUGGCCUAAAAAUGACCUUGAUUAUUUCUGGGUAAUAGGUAUCUAGUUAAGAAAAAUAAUUAAUGGAAAAAUAUUUGAUAUCAAGCUGUAACAUUUGAAUUCUUCACUUGUGUUGUUUAUUUCCGCAACAUGGCAACAGACGUGUGGAUGAUUUUUAAUUUUUUUUUUAAAAACUAUACAUUUCACUGGUGUGCCUGAAAUUGGCUUUCGCCUAUUUCUUUUUUUCUCGUAAAGUGCAUGUCAUUGUUGUUUGAAAUCUGUUAGUGCCUUAUUUUAUGGAAGGGGAUGGAAGAAGCUUUCCUAGUUCCGAUUUGACCAGCGAUGCUUUUCCCACAGAAGAAAAGAUACUUUCGGAAGCCCAAGUGUUAAAAUUGUCAGAAAGAGACUUAGAAGCAAUGUGCUUUGAUUAGCAUUUUAGACUCAUAACACACAGUUCUCUGGAGCUGAUGUUUUCCUACCACUUUCAGCUUGGCUUAAAAAGCUAGUUUGCUGGAAUGUUUUAAAGGGUUAAAAACCCUCUAGGAUUCAAAGUUAAUUUAAAUUAAUUGAAGGAAAUACUUCUGGCCUCACCAAAGAAAUAACUGGAAUCAUGGAUCAGAACAACAGCUUGCCACCCUAUGCUCAAGGCUUAGCCUCUCCUCAGGGUGCAAUGACUCCAGGAAUUCCAAUUUUUAGCCCGAUGAUGCCGUAUGGCACAGGACUGACACCACAGCCUGUCCAGAGCACCAACAGUCUGUCCAUCCUAGAGGAACAGCAGCGGCAGCAGCAGCAGCAGCAGCAGCAGCAAGCAGUGCAGCAAUCUACAUCACAGCAAGCAACGCAGGGAACAUCUGGUCAAACUCCCCAGCUCUUCCACUCACAGACUCUUACCACAGCCCCUUUACCGGGAACCACACCUCUGUACACCUCUCCAAUGACUCCAAUGACUCCCAUAACUCCUGCAACACCAGCGUCGGAGAGCUCUGGGAUAGUGCCACAGCUACAGAAUAUUGUGUCCACGGUGAAUCUUGGUUGCAAACUUGACCUAAAAACUAUUGCGCUUCGUGCCCGAAAUGCUGAAUAUAAUCCCAAGCGUUUCGCUGCUGUUAUUAUGAGAAUAAGAGAACCACGUACUACUGCGCUUAUAUUCAGCUCUGGAAAAAUGGUGUGCACAGGAGCAAAAAGUGAGGAGCAAUCCAGACUGGCAGCGAGGAAGUAUGCAAGAGUUGUUCAGAAACUGGGUUUUCCUGCAAAAUUUUUGGAUUUUAAAAUUCAGAACAUGGUGGGCAGCUGUGAUGUGAAAUUUCCCAUCAGAUUAGAAGGAUUGGUACUCACACACCAGCAGUUCAGCAGCUACGAGCCAGAAUUGUUUCCUGGCUUGAUCUACAGAAUGAUCAAGCCAAGAAUUGUUCUGCUUAUUUUUGUUUCUGGAAAAGUGGUUUUAACUGGUGCUAAAGUACGAGCAGAAAUCUAUGAAGCAUUUGAAAACAUCUAUCCUAUUUUAAAGGGAUUCAGAAAGACAACGUAACAGUUUCUACAUCUUUUAGAGAAAUCAGGGGUAUAUUUUCAAAGGUAUUGUGUAUGGCACAGCAGUAACAAGAGAUGGACUUCAGUGAAACUGCAACACCAGGACUUGGACUAUUUCCCAGUUAGUGCCUACUUCCCUGAUGCUCAAGGGGAACCGUAUUCUUGAUUAUAUCUACUGAGUUACUGUGACUUGCUUUACUGGGCUGUUCCUGGAGCAGUCCCUCCAAGUUUUAUUUAUAUUCUAGCUUUUAAAUAGUUUUAAUGCCAGUUCUAUUGAUAGAAGAUCUGUAAGUUGGUUUAAAAGACAACUGCAACUGUGUCACUCAGUGUAUAAACCACUUAAAUUGCCAUGUAUAUAUGUUUUAACUUCCUUCCAUAAGACCAUGGUUUUUAUAAUUUUCAGAACUUAAGCUUUUAGAUUUUUUUCAAUUUGAAAUUUCUUUGGUGCCAGACACAUUCCCUCUUUCCAGUAUUAAGCAAGACAGAAUAAAUUUAUUCUAAUGAAAAUGGCUCACUGUACAUAUAUAUAUAUAAUAUAUACCUUCCUUCUCUUUCUUCCUUCAGCGCCACAUGUACAAUAAACCCUGUUUAUACAAUUA